AUGUCGCGCGACUCAUCCGAAAGCGCGUAUUCGUACUUGUGCCGGACCAGCAGUGGCUGGCUGUACGAUGUGGCUCUCUCGGCACGCGCGAUGCUGCGGAAGGGGGUCUGCGGCUUCAAAGUGCUCGACGACGCGGAAACAUGUUCGCCGCGCUGUGGCGUGCUCCGCUGGUCCAAGCGGGUCUUGUGCGGUGGAAGCAAGAUCCAGUACGUCUUCGAGCGACGCCUGAUGUCAGUGGUGCCGCUGCGGUGA